AUGGCGUCCGCGGCCGACCUCGACGGCCUCGUCCUCCUGCGCCAGUCCAUCUCCGCGUCCAAGGCCUUCAUCCCCAGCGCGUCCGCCGAUGCUGCUGCCCCGGAGGUGCCCCUCGCGCAGGCGACGCACCUGCGCUUCCCCGACCAAGCCGCCGCCGUCCCCAUUGACAGCGCCACGCGCUUCGUCUCCAACGACAGGCCCGUCGACCUGCGCAGCAUCUACUUCGCCUGGCUCAACCGCGAGGUCGCCAUCCCCGAAUACAAUGCCUCUUCAACUAAGCUGAACGACGAGCUCGCCGCUGCCGCCGCAAAGGGUAAGGUCCAGAACCUCGGCUUCAUCGAGCGUCUCGAUCUCAUCACCUGGCUCGAAGGCGCCAGCGAGGAAAGCGAGUACAUCAAGCCCCUCGCCGGCGACAAGGAUGGCUCUGCUGCGGGCGCUUCCACGACGGCAAAGGCUGGCGCCGUAUCAUCGACUGCGCAGGCAAGGUCCGGCAGGGGCACCAUGGACCCUCGAUUAGCAAGCAUCUACAACGGCGAGCGAAAGAUGGGCGAUCGCAACACAGUUUUAAGGGGCAUCAAGCCUACGGACUUCUCCCAUGUGCGCAAGCUUGCCGCGCCCUUCAUCCAGAAGAAGUCGCAUUCGGGCUCCACCAACAUCAGCGCAAACCCAUCCCUCGCCCUCAACCAAAAGGCCCCGUCUAGAAGACCGGACCCCAUCAUUCUCCUCUCGCCCUCGGCAUCAUCCCUUCUCCGUCUCUCCAACGCCCGCUCUUUCCUCGAGGACGGCAAGUUCGCCCCCGCCGAGGCGGGUGACUCGACGGCUACGAUGCUCCAUGUCCAGCGCACCAUCAGGGCUGUCGACCCCAACCGCCCCGUGCGCUUCAUCCUCGUCGAGGGCUCCGAGCAGUUCAAGCCCGAGUACUGGAACCGCGUUGUCGCUGUCUUCACUACCGGCCAGACGUGGCAGUUCAAGAACUAUAAGUGGAGCGACGCCAACGAGCUCUUCAAGCACACCCUCGGCAUCUACGUCGGCUGGCGUGGCGACCAGCCGCCGGAUAAUAUCAGCGGCUGGGGCCACCGCGUCCUGUCUACGGGCGUCGACCGCUGGCACGGCGAGGGCCACGAUUCCUCCCGUUUCCGCGAUAAGGAGAUCGUCGAGCAGAUCUGGAAGUCUAUUGAGGCGAACAUGCGGUCCCGCGGCUGGAGGAAGGACGCGGCCCCUACGUCGAUUUAG